AAACAUUGGUAAUUCUUGCUACAUGGGGGCGACGCUCCAGCUCCUGGCUGGAGACCAAAUUGUCUCCAAAAGCCAAGAAGAAUUCAUUGAAAAGCAUAAGGAGCAGAGUUUUUUAGCCACUCCCCAAGAUGAUUCCUCGAUAGUUGAGGUACGACCUCAAAUCGAGGAGCUUGAGGGAGUGGUCAACACUCUGCUCUCUAUCAAAGAUCAAAAGACUGAAGUGCAGCCUUCAAAAAUAAUGAAAAUAGUCAAUAGGCAUAACAGGUCCUUUGAAGUGGGCAGAAAGCAGGACGCUCACGAGUGCCUUGACAUUUUGUUAAAUAUUUUUGCCAAGCUACCAAAAUCACAGCAAGUCUUCAUGGGGGCGUGUAGCCCGAGACAAACAUGUUUUGUUUGUGAUGACCAGACACAAUGUGAUAUCGAGGAAUUCAAUGGCCUAACCCUGCCGGUUGCCCCAACAAUUAAUGAGGCAAUGAAACAAUAUUUCGAGGACGAAAUACUCGACGGCCAAAACAAAGUGUACUGCGAAAGAUGCCAGAAUAAAACUAAAACCGGUAGGGUUAGGCCUAUUCUUCUCUUCCCGUCCACACUUUUUUUAAUUAUGAUGAGAUAUGGGCUAGAAAAGAAAAAUUGUCGACCAAUCAAUAUCGAAAGAAAACUCUACAUUCCGGAUCAAUUAAGUGUGGACGGGGAGAAUGCUUCGUACACCCUCCAAGGAAUUGUGAUUCAUCAAGGCAGAAAUUGCCAUAGUGGACAUUAUACAGCUUUAGUCAGAGAUGAUAAUGACGGCGAUGACGACUGGGUUUACUGCGAUGAUGAAGUCGUUUGUAGAGUUCGCGACUCGUAUCUGAAUACAAACAUAAUCAAGGAAAACUGCUACAUCUUGCGAUAUAUAUUGUCGUCUCAUCAAAAAAAGCUUGAAAUCAGACAAGAAACUCUGUCAUCGGAUACAAAGGAUCCAGACUUUUCAAAGAAUAGUUACCUUGAUAAAAAAACAAGAAAGGAGACCUUAUCGAAUUUUUGCCAAUGAAAUAGUGCUCUUGCCAUUCAAUAGGAACAGUCAUUGGACCCUUGUGAUCAAUUUUGGAGUACGCAGCACCUGUAUGGCAAGACAUAUCCCAGCAACUCUCUGAUGCCCUUGAGUCCAUCCAGAAAAGAGAACUGAAGAUCAUAUACCGUGGUAGCACCUAUACGCAGGCUUUGAGCCAAACGAACAUUCCAACUUUGCAUAGCCGUAGAGAUAAAUUAUGUCAGAAGCUGACCACUGAGAUGAGAAACGAUCCUAGUCACCCUAUUUCGUUUCUUCUACCGAAGCCAACAAUAAAAACAAUUAACUAUAACCUUAGAUCAACUGGAAAUUUAAAAGAAACUAUUGAAACUAAAAGAACCUCGGACUUUGUUACCUUUAGAUAUUGUAAUUAAUUGUAUAUAGC